AGCGAACAGUUUGGCCCCGUUUGUAAAAGGCCGCUGCAGGCGAAGAGAGAAGAGGUGAGGGCGGUCAUCAGCGAAGGGCUCCGGGGCUCGCGGGGGGGGCGCAGGGCAGACUAUCAAGAUCUCCACUUAGGGAAGUGGGAAUCUUAUUUGUGGAACAUUGGGCAGAAGCUUUGCCAUUGGCUGGUGAAGCAGGAGGCAGAAUGUCUGCAUUGUUACACCAUACAGCUCAAACUUCAGAAGACUUUGGGUUAAGCAGUUAUCAUUAGUCUGCAAAUGAUCGUGUUUUCACCUGAUCAUUAGAAACUAAUGAAACACCUUUUAGGUCUUAUGAAUUCAGGUUACACUGUUUUCCAGAUGCCUUGGCAGCUGGUACAGAGCCUCUGAAAAAUGGAACCAAAUUCUCUGAGGACUAAAGUCCCAGCUUUCUUAUCUGAUUUGGGGAAGGCCACAUUGAGGGGAAUCAGAAAGUGUCCCCGAUGUGGCACAUACAAUGGAACCCGGGGACUAAGUUGUAAGAACAAGACAUGUGGAACCAUAUUCCGCUAUGGUGCACGCAAGCAGCCUAGUGUUGAAGCUGUCAAAAUCAUUACAGGCUCUGAUCUUCAGGUCUACUCAGUGCGGCAAAGAGACCGGGGCCCUGAUUACCGAUGCUUUGUGGAGCUCGGGGUUUCAGAGACGACAAUCCAGACAGUGGAUGGGACGAUCAUCACUCAGCUGAGCUCUGGACGGUGUUAUGUCCCCUCAUGCCUGAAAGCUGCCACUCAAGGCGUUGUGGAAAACCAGUGCCAGCACAUCAAGCUGGCGGUGAACUGCCAGGCAGAGGCCACCCCUCUGACCCUGAAGAGCUCGGUCCUGAAUGCAAUGCAGGCCUCCCCGGAAACCAAACAGACCAUCUGGCAGUUGGCCACAGAACCCACAGGUCCUCUGGUGCAGAGAAUUACUAAAAACAUCUUGGUGGUGAAAUGCAAGGCAAGCCAGAAGCACAGUUUGGGAUAUUUGCAUACAUCUUUUGUGCAGAAAAUCAGUGCCAAAAGCUUGCCUGAGCGCCGCUUCUUCUGCUCCUGUCAGACUCUGAAAUCGCACAAGUCAAAUGCCUCCAAGGAUGAGACAGCCCAGAGAUGCAUUCAUUUCUUUGCUUGCAUCUGUGCCUUUGCCAGUGACGAGACACUGGCUCAGGAAUUCUCAGACUUCCUAAAUUUUGAUUCCAGCGGUCUUAAAGAGAUUAUUGUACCCCAGUUAGGUUGCCAUUCAGAAUCAACAGUAUCUGCUUGUGAGUCUACUGCCUCUAAGUCAAAGAAGAGGAGAAAGGAUGAAGUAUCUGGUGCACAGAUGAACAGUUCACUACUGCCUCAAGAUGCAGUGAGCAGUAAUCUAAGGAAAAGUGGCCUGAAAAAGCCUGUGGUUGCUUCCUCGUUAAAAAGGCAGGCCUGUGGUCAGCUGUUAGAUGAGGCACAAGUGACUUUAUCCUUCCAAGACUGGCUGGCCAGUGUCACAGAACGCAUCCAUCAAACCAUGCACUAUCAGUUUGAUGGCAAACCAGAACCACUGGUGUUCCACAUUCCUCAGUCCUUUUUUGAUGCCCUGCAACAGAGAAUAUCUAUAGGAAGUGCAAAAAAACGGCUCCCCAACUCCACCACAGCUUUUGUUCGGAAAGAUGCCUUGCCACUGGGAACCUUUUCCAAGUAUACUUGGCAUAUCACUAAUAUCCUGCAAGUUAAACAAAUCUUAGAUACCCCAGAGAUGCCCUUGGAAAUCACCCGUAGCUUUAUCCAGAACCGAGAUGGGACUUAUGAGCUAUUUAAGUGCCCUAAAGUGGAAGUAGAAAGCAUAGCAGAAACCUACAGUCGUAUAGAAAAACAACCAGUGCUGCGACCCUUGGAACUAAAAACUUUUCUCAAAGUUGGCAACACUUCCCCAGAUCAAAAGGAGCCAACACCUUUCAUCAUCGAGUGGAUUCCAGAUAUCCUUCCCCAGUCUAAGAUUGGCGAGCUGCGGAUCAAGUUUGAGUAUGGCCACCACCGGAAUGGGCAUGUGGCGGAGUACCAAGACCAGCGGCCCUCCUUGGACCAGCCCUUGGAACUGGCCCCUCUGACCACUAUCACUUUCCCUUAAGGCAAAACAAGAGAAUAAUCUUUUGCUGCUUAAUUUGCACAUCCCCACCCCUUGACAACUUUAAAUGCUAGUUAGGCACUUAGAUGGCCCUGUUCCUUUGUGAACUGCUCUUAGCUAAGAUGCAAAUUCUCAGUGCUUUCAAGUGGAUUCUGUUGAAGAAAAUCUCUUGUAAAUAGCCUUUUUGGUGCUGCUGUGUACAGUCUUCAUUAUGCAUUGGGCAGUAUUUCUGGCUAGAGUUUAAAAGGAACAGAAAGAAAACCAGCUUAUUUUCCUUCUUACGGACUCAUCUUUAGCGUUUAUUUCAACCUUUUGCUAAUUCUCUGAGAAAUUUGCAGCACUCAGCCAUAUACCAACAGUGUUGGAAAGUUAACACCCUGGUUAGGGCAGAAUGUUAAAGACCAUCUUGGCAGAGUUCCAGCCAUGCUCUUUAUUCUGUUCUCAAAUAAAGCACAGUGUCACUACUUUUUCCAAAUUA